CGUCGGCAGGAGGAGGGUAACAUUAUCGCAACUAGAACCAAGACUAAACUUUCAAACAAGUCGCUCAAGUGAGUACGUCAUUGCGCAUUGCGCACGGUCAGUGUUCAAACGUGUGGUCGCCCUCCACAUAAACACACACGAUGGGUCGACUGACGUGACUCUAGCUUUGCCGUUUCCAAGAUGGCCGUAGGUUCAGUGAUCGUUGCGAUUGGAUUGGUAGCAAUUCUUUACUUCGUGUACUUCGUUGGCAGCCUUCUGCAACAAAGACGUAAAACUCAUGCAGUCCUCAAGCAAUGGCCUGGUCUUCCUACCCACUGGCUCUAUGGCAAUAUUCACCAGCAUCCAAUGUUUGAUUCUAAAGUGCGCAGGGAGGGUGCAGAGGCUGGAUUGAAGUUCCAUAGAGAAUUAACCGCUAAACAUCCCAGAGGUUUCUACUUUUUCAUGGGCCCAUCAGGGGGAGUGUUAACGGCCAACCAUCCGGACAUCAUGCGACCAAUCAUGAAGAAUGGAGAUCCAAAGCCUCUACAGCAAGGACAACCUAGCUAUCGCUUUACAUUACCUUGGCUUGGAGAGAGUCUUCUACUAGCAAAGGGAGACAAGUGGCUUCGAAACCGCCGCCUUCUAACUCCUGCUUUUCACUUUGACAUCCUGAAAUCUUAUAUGGGAGUUUUCAACGAGGCAGUUGAUGUCUUACUGUCUAAGAUGGAGGGGAUGGUGGACACUGGAGAGUAUUUUGAGGUGACUAAGAAUGUGAGCAAAUGCACCCUGGAUAUCCUGCUGAGAUGCGUCUUCUCUAAGGAGAUGAACUGCCAGACAACUGAUAAACACCCUUAUGUUGAAGCUGUGAAUGAACUGACUGCAGAUACAAUAGAGCGAUGCUUCAAUUUCUGGAUGUAUUUUGAUGUUCUAUUCAACAUGUCUAGUCUCGGAAGGAAGUAUCAUAAAAAAUGUGAUUUUGUGCAUCAGUUUUCCGAUGAUAUAAUUCGUGAUCGUCGUGCUGAAAUAGAAAAGAAUGGCUUAAAUGGAAACGGUACAUCGUCCAGCCGCAGGUAUCUUGAUUUCUUGGACAUCCUUCUCUCAGCUCGAGACUCGGAUGGUGAAGGCUUGACGGAUCUAGAGAUACGUAAUGAAGUAGAUACAUUUCUCUUUGAGGGUCAUGACACCACCUCCAGCAGCCUGACUUGGGUACUGUACCUUAUGGCAAAGCAUCCUCAACAUCAGAAGAAAGUCCAGCAAGAAAUUGAUGAUUUGUUGAAAGAUCGAGACUCUGAUGUCAUUGAAUGGGAUGACUUAGGGAAGUUGAAGUAUCUAGUCCAGUGUUUGAAGGAGUCAAUGAGGUUGUACCCACCAGUGCCAUUCAUUCAAAGAGUCAUCCAGAAAGAGGUUGAAAUCGAUGGUAAGAUUCUCCCAGCUGGGACGACGCUUGAUGUAUCUAUCUACAACCUACAUCAUAAUCCGGUUGUAUGGACUGAUCAUAUGGAUUUCAUUCCAGAUCGUUUCUCUCAAGAGAAUGUUCAGAAGAUGGACCCUUUCUCAUACAUUCCAUUUGCAGCUGGACCAAGGAAUUGUAUCGGUCAGAACUUUGCUAUGAAUGAGGAGAAGGUGUUACUUGCUCGUCUGUUGAGAAGAUACCAUUUAGAGUUACAUCCUGACCAUCCUGUAGUUGUGUCUAAUCACAUUGUUAUGAAAGCUCAUUAUGAUGUUAAGAUUAAACUAACACGUCGUCGGUGAUGUCAUCCAAAUCAAGCCUCAAACACACCCAGUACCUAAUUCAACAAAUUUUAAGAAAGUUUACCUGAUUUUUAUCUAGCCAUGUGAAUUCUCAGGGUACUCUGUAAUUUCAGCAUUUUCUCUAAAUCUUAUUGAACCUUCAAAUGUUUGGGAAAGAAGUAAAGCGGUCACCUAAGGGAGAAAGAAAGUGUUAACCUAAAUUGACCGCUUGUAUUUAAGUUGGUGAGUGUUAACUUGGGUAACCGGAAUCUUACAGGGAGAUAAAGCUGAUUGUGAUCACUGGUUUACGUUGGAAAUUCUAAUCAGAUACAUAAUUGUGAAUAAAUUAAUCUUUAAGGUUACGUUUUACAAAAUUAUAUUAUAUACAUGUACAUGUUAUAAUUCAACAAAUUAUAUUAUAUUAUGAUUAUGAAAUUAUAUUAUAUUAUGAUUAUGAAAUUAUAUUAUAUUAUGAUUUUGUUCUAUUUUUCUCAUUGAUAGCGCAUUUUGUUAAUAACAAAUGAGUAGGUGGGCUCUGAUACAGAAUAUUUCCCAACACUGCUAGAGAUUUUUCUGUAUGACCAAAUAAUUAGUUUUGCGUGAAAACGUGUGAAAUUGCCUUUCUGAACUUUGCACUAUUUUCAUAUUCCUGUAUGUGCAGUGAACAAUAGGAAAUGUACUGGGGUGAAAAUUAUUUGUGCAUUCAAGAAACCAAAAUUGAGUUACACUAAUGUGAAUGAACAGAAUUGCCCCAAAACGUCAUCAUUUGUCUUUAAAUUCAAAUUGUUGUAAAUUUUUAUCAGAUUCUAUAGGAGACUUUCCAACGCUAGGUGGCAGCAGACAUACCGGGUAAAUUUCCAUUGUUUACGUAGUUCUGAACAUGCGGUAAUUCUGAGAACAAUGGAUUUACCCGGUAAGUCUGCGUCCCAGAAACUCUCCCAUUGUCAUGUAUGUUUUUACUUAUUAAAAUUUGACGUAUGUGAUCUAUUUUAUUUUAUAUGGGAAGAAAAAAGUUGUUACCAU